AUGGGAUCUAUUGGCGCCGAGGUCAACGGCAGUGUCAACGGCAACAUCAGCGGCGACAUCAAUGUGAAGGCCCCAGGCAGUGCUCCCGCUGCUGUCCUGACGGGCCCGUACGGCGAUGCGUACACGAUCAGGGAACUCCCCGUAGCGACGCCGGGGGUGAACGAAGUACUCGUCCAGCUGGAUUACAGUGGCGUGUGCCAUGGUGAUGUAUAUGCCCGGGAUGGCGGCGGACCUGCGCCCAAGGACCCUGUCCGCCCGUUGAUCGGCGGCCACGAGGGCGUGGGCAGGAUUGUCGCCCUGGGGAGUGGCAGUGAGGGUGAAGGGUCCGAUGCCUUCCAUGUCGGUGAUAUCGUCGGUGUGGCGUGGAGAAGUCACGUCUGCGGAACGUGUCAGGCGUGCGAGGCCGGGGCAGAGAACCACUGCUACAACCAGAAGGUCACGGGCGCGCACAGAGACGGCACGUUUCAGAGAUAUAUCUCGUUCCCGACGGCGCAGCUGGUGCGCAUCCCAGCGGAGGUUUCCUUACCGAGUGUGUGUCCGAUCCUGUGCGCUGGUGUGACGGCUUAUUCGGCGUUGAAGCGCAUGGAUCCCCAGCCAGGGCGGUGGUGCACGAUAGUCGGUGCGGCAGGCGGGCUGGGCCACCUGGCGAUCCAGUACGCAAAGGCAAUGGACCUGAACGUUCUCGCCAUCGACGGAGGAUCGCCUGAGAAGGAAGACUUCUGUCGAAAAAUGGGAGCCGACGUGUUUGUUGAUUUCUCGAAGCCCGACCUUGUGGAGACCAUUGUUGCCAAAACCGACGGUGGUGCAGACUAUAUCCUCGUGCUGAGCCCGCAUCAAUCGUCGUAUGAUGCGGCCGGCGAAUAUGCACGGUUCGGAGCCCAGAUCAUGGCCAUCGGCAUUGGCAACCUCCAGUAA